AUGAUUCUAGGUGCAUCAUUUGGACGUAUAUUGUCAAGAACUAUUACAAGAUCGAGCCAUGUUCAUGUUCUCCGUCGUACCAAGAUUGGUACUUCUGUGACCAUUAAAAAUUAUGCAACUUCGUGGGAUAAAUCACCAGAAAAUCUCGAUGCACACUUGAAAGUUCAGAAAUUAAUGGCCGAAAUUCAGGCUCAUCCUAAUAUAACUUCCUCUCUUGAUCACCUUAGUACCCUUAUGAAGGAUAAGGGUUUGAUGAACCCAGAGAGUGAAAAUGGACCUCUAACCGCUUGGCAAAUGAUUAAGAUUAUGAUGGACAAGGAUGUUCGUGAAGCAAUGCGAGAUUUAAAAGCCCAAUUAGAAAAAUCUGGAAUCAGCUUAGGGCCUGAUCAGUUAGCACCAUUAAUGAAUGUUUUAGGCUUAAAUAAGAAGUAA